CAUGGCGAUUCACACACGACUUAUAUCAUUAAUUAGUAGCAAAAACGUUUGAGCUGACGAUGUAAUGCCAUGUGAAAUUGGUUCCGGAAGUUUUGUUUCAAGUAGUCCAGACUCAUUAGUUACAAUAUACUCUUACACUUCCUCCCCUCAAAUACAAAUACUUCACAGACGGACAAAAGUUAAAGACCUAAAAUGCACUUAAUUACAUCGAACCGUAAACAUUUUCGUAAGGAGCGUUUACAUAUUUUCAUAACCUUCUUUUAACAAGGUAAUAGAUAGUAUCUAAAGUGUUGCGUUUCAUUUUAAGGAAGUAUUAAAAGAUGUAAAUAGUGGGAGACGAUUUGUGAGUUAAAAUUUUAAAAGUCAAUAUUUUUACACCGUAAGUCGGUAUAUCUGAUUUGAAAAGUUAAAACAAAUAUGGAGCAUAUCAAAUUUAUGAUAACAAGUUUCUUUUAUCUAUAGAUACCGUGGAUGUCACGUGUGAACUAAAACAGGAAGUUUGAAACUGAAAUGUUUGACGUGAUAUCUAUUAAACAAGCAGAGAAAAACAAAUACACUGUAUCAAAGCUGGAAUUAAUUAAGUAAUUAAUUAGUUUUAUAAAGUGAGUUUCUUCCCGCGAAAAAUUUGAAAGUUGAAGGCAAUAUAAAAACAAUAGAAGUAAUUAAUGACACGGAUAUAGAAGAAAAUGUGACACCAUUGUUAAUCUUGGACUGAUUUUGUAGAUAUUUCCGAAAAGAGGUUAAAGAUGACGAGGCAUUCUUAUUUUUGCGUGACAAUUGUAGCAGUUUUGGUUUCUUUUACAGAAACAGCAACAACGCCAAAUGUAACAACAACAAAUGCCAAUACAACACAAAAAACACCGAGUGUCACUACAGUAAAAACGACUACUACUUCAGAACCAACAGUAACAACAGUUAUGAGCUCAACAACCCCUGCUAAGAUUAACUAUGGCUACUCAUGCAAAAGUGAAAAUCCAGCUGACCAAUGUGUGACAAAAAACGCAGUAUGUAAGGAACAAGCAUGUACCUGUGACUCAAAUCGGUAUUUUAUUAAUGCGUCCAAUGAGUGCGCACUAAAGAUUAACUAUGGCAACACAUGCAACAGUGAAAUUCAAGCAGACCAAUGUGAUACAGGGAAUGCAUCAUGUAUAGAAGAAAAAUGUUCCUGUGAAUCAAAUCGCUAUUUUGUAAAUGCGUCAAAUGUAUGCGAACUAAAAAUAAACUUUGGCGAUCCAUGCAAGAGUGAAAUUCCAGAAGACCAAUGUGUGACAGAAAACGCUGCAUGUAUAGAACAAAAAUGUUUAUGUGACUCAACUCGUUAUUUUGUUAAUGCGUCAAAUGUAUGCGAACUAAAGAUUAACUAUGGCAAAACAUGCAACAGUGAAAUUCCAGCAGACCAAUGUGAUACAGGGAAUGCAUCAUGUAUAGAACAAAAAUGUUCCUGUGAAUCAAAUCGCUAUUUUGUAAAUGCGUCAAAUGUAUGCGCACUAAAAAUAAACUUUGGCGAUCCAUGCAAGAGUGAAAUUCCCGAAGACCAAUGUGUUACAGAAAACGCUGCAUGUAUAGAACAAAAAUGUUUAUGUGACUCAACUCGUUAUUUUGUUAAUGCGUCAAAUGUAUGCGAACUAAAGAUUAACUAUGGCAAAACAUGCAACGGUGAAAUUCCAGCAGACCAAUGUGAUACAGGGAAUGCAUCAUGUAUAGAACAAAAAUGUUCCUGUGAAUCAAAUCGCUAUUUUGUAAAUGCGUCAAAUGUAUGCGCACUAAAAAUAAACUUUGGCGAUCCAUGCAAGAGUGAAAUUCCCGAAGACCAAUGUGUUACAGAAAACGCUGCAUGUAUAGAACAAAAAUGUUUAUGUGACUCAACUCGUUAUUUUGUUAAUGCGUCAAAUGUAUGCGAACUAAAGAUUAACUAUAGCAAAACAUGCAACAGUGAAAUUCAAGCAGACCAAUGUGAUACAGAGAAUGCAUCAUGUAUAGAAGAAAAAUGUUCCUGUGAAUCAAAUCGCUAUUUUGUAAAUGCGUCAAAUGUAUGCGCACUAAAAAUAAACUUUGGCGAUCCAUGCAAGAGUGAAAUUCCAGAAGACCAAUGUGUGACAGAAAACGCUGCAUGUAUAGAACAAAAAUGUUUAUGUGACUCAACUCGUUAUUUUGUUAAUGCGUCAAAUGUAUGCGAACUAAAGAUUAACUAUAGCAAAACAUGCAACAGUAAAAUUCAAGCAGACCAAUGUGAUACAGAGAAUGCAUCAUGUAUAGAAGAAAAAUGUUCCUGUGAUUCAAAUCGCUAUUUUGUUAAUGCGUCAAAUGUAUGCGAACUAAAAAUAAACUUUGGCGAUCCAUGCAAGAGUGAAAUUCCAGAAGACCAAUGUGUGACAGAAAACGCUGCAUGUAUAGAACAAAAAUGUUUAUGUGACUCAACUCGUUAUUUUGUUAAUGCGUCAAAUGUAUGCGAACUAAAGAUUAACUAUGGCAAAACAUGCAACGGUGAAAUUCCAGCAGACCAAUGUGAUACAGGGAAUGCAUCAUGUAUAGAACAAAAAUGUUCCUGUGAAUCAAAUCGCUAUUUUGUAAAUGCGUCAAAUGUAUGCGCACUAAAAAUAAACUUUGGCGAUCCAUGCAAGAGUGAAAUUCCAGAAGACCAAUGUGUGACAGAAAACGCUACAUGUAUAGAACAAAAAUGUUUAUGUGACUCAACUCGUUAUUUUGUUAAUGCGUCAAAUGUAUGCGCACUAAGACCCAAUUUGACAUCCAACGAGACUCUUUUCUUACCUUUAAAUGGGAGUGUAAGUACAAAUGCCUUUACGGUGGUUUGGUUAUCGUCAAGCAUCACAUUUAAAUUCAUUGUGUAUGCAAAUGGAAAGCGUUUUCCUUCCUAUCCACCAAUAAACAGUGUGACGAUCGACGACCUUAACUCUGGAACCUUAUAUCAUACAAAAGUAAAAAUUCAGGUGAACGGUAUUGAGAGUGAGGACGCCUACGAAAAAGAUAUUUAUACAAGUAAGUUUCAACCAAAUCAUAAUAUCAAGGUUCUCAAUAAGCAAUCAAAAUCAGUCAUAAUAAUGGUAAUCUUAAUUUAA